AUGCUGAAGUCGGUGAUCAACCCUCAGAAGCAGAAACUGGACCACCUGCCUCAAGCUAUCGAGGAAUGGCUCGAAGCAAUCGCGUCGUAUGAGAAAAGAAAAAAUGCGAGCAGGAAUCGGACCAAGAUCCCGGAAGAGAUCAAGACCGCAGCGUUGGAAUCCAUGUUGCCACAAGACCUGGAGGCACAUGUGCAACUGAACCUAUCGAAGUUUGCCGGGUUUGAUCUUCUGGAAGAAGUCGCGAGAUACCUUGAGCAUCGCACGGGGAAGACGCUAAAGGCGUUCUCCACGACCCGGGCAGCCGGCAAGGACAGCGCUGGUGACCCGAUGGAUGUUUCAUCUGUUGGGAAAGGCAAGGAGGAAUGGAACGAAGAAGCCGGACAAGACGAAACCUCCUGGGAGCAAGGCGAAUGGGCCGAAGACCAGGGCUGGGAAGACUGGCCCGAGGCUGCGCCGAAGGUGGUGGCCGGAGGGCUGGACCAGAGCACGCACGAUGCGAGGCCCGGUCGGAAGGAGGACACCGCAAAGGUGGAUGCAAUGGAGACGGUUGUGGUCGACAGCCAGGGCAAGGAGAUCGACCCGAGUGGAAAAGGAAAGCAGAAAGGAAAGCCAAAGGGCGAAGAGAGAGGAGAGAAGAGGAAAGCACCCGAGGAGGAUGAAGAUGAAGAUGAGGAAGAUGAAGAAGAUGAUUCCUGGGAGGACUGGAAGAGUCCCGAAGGUAGUCCUCCAGGGGGUAGGGCAGCGAUCGCCUCUGUGGCGGUGAGCUUGGCCACGACGAAUACCGUUUCGGCGUCCGGUGGCCGGGAGCGUGGUUCCCAGGACCAGCGUGUCGAGGUGAACUUCGACAGCGGUGCUGCCGUGACGGUGGUGCCAACGAAGUAUGGCCGUGGAACCGAGAAGCCUCGAGAGGAGAUGAAGUUCAAGACCGCGAGCGGCCAGAACAUACCCGACUAUGGGCCUAUUCGGCUCAAGGGCACGACCUCGAGCGGCAACAGCGCCGCACUUUGUUGCCGCCUGGCCGAUGUGCAUCGAGUGCUUGGGUCGGCUUCCGAUAUCUGCCGAUCCCACUACGCCGUGCUGGGAGAAGGCGGCGGCUACCUUAUUCCCAAAGGAAAUGAGUUUGGAAAGGAUUUCGAUGCUAGGAUGAAGUGGUUGCUCCGAAAGCACAAAGGCAACCCGAAGAGCGCCACGAAGCUCCACGUGCGGCGUGGAGUGUACGUCUUCGACCUCGCUUGCAGCCCUUUCACGGGGCAGCUAGAAGCCUAA